GAGGACAGAGACUGAUUAAAUAUCUCUGCAGUCUUAGAGUACGUUGUUAACAAUGCCCAGGCAAUGUAAACAUAUAAAUACUGUUCUGGAAGUUAAAGAAAAUAUGAGUAGAAGUGUGGAAGAAAAGGAAGAGGCCCGUUUCUCUGAUCAAGACCAGAAGAUCUGCAAAGUGACUGAAUGCAAAAUCACAUUGGCAUCUGAGAAGGAGAAUUAUAGUGAUAAAAAUCAAGUGACAUUGGAAAGACCCAUGCUGAAGUACAGUAAAGACUUGCAGAAAGAAUCAUACCUCAACUGCAAGGAUGCUGUUAACUGUCAGCUCACAGAAUGCUUUUUUGAUACACUAAAUAGAGUUACAUUUGGUGAAUCUACCUUGCCUUUGAGCRAUAAGGACAGUUUUUCAGAAAGGAGACCUAUGUCUUUGAGGAAUGAAAGCUCCUGGAUACCUGAUAGAGAUAAAGCAGAAGAAAAAUAUGACUGUGGAAAAUCAGAGCAACUGAGGAGGAGAAAGCCUAUUGAUUUUGCAACUGCAACAAUUGCUGAAUUUGGGAUUACCCCAGAAUCAUUCACUAAACAAUCUGUAGAGCAGUCUCCAACUUUGUCAAAGUUUAGACGAAGAUCAACAAUCGGCGUGCGAGGGUCCCCAGAAAAUAACACACUUAUUCGAUACCUCGCCCAACAGAGAACGAGUAGGCAGAAAGAACUCUUUGCACAGACUAGUCCUUUUAAUCAUCAAAAUGCUGGAUCAUUAAAGGACAAAAUAUGUGCUUUUCAAAAAUCUUUUACAUCAGUGCAAGAAAAUGAAGGGAAGAUUGGCUCCCCUGGGCUCUCACAGGCGCCUGAUGCUUUCCAGGAGGCAAGCUCUUAUUUCAGUCCUGAGUAUGUCACUAAAGAAGACAGAAAUAAUGUUACAUCAGAUCUAACUAGAAAGAAAGUUAGUUUUGCAGAAGAACUGAGUCUGGAAACAUAUGAUGAAACCAAAGCGCCUGUCACACCGGUACAAAGAGGAAAUGUUUUAUCCAAGAAACAUAUACAGAGCGGGUCCUGUCUUCAAUCUGUAUUGAAGAAGACACCAGUAAAGCAAAUAAUGGAUGGCGGCAYGAAGGUAUUAGACAGUCCUGUUGACAGAAGAAGUGGUGAGUCUCUUCACGUCAGCAGUGCCACAAACAUCUAUGAAUUACUUCAAGCAGAGGAGACUGAACAAUGUGGCUCAGAAAAGCGAAAGAAGAAAAAAGUUUCUUUUGGAGAAGAUCUAAGUCCAGAAAUAUUUGACAAAACUUUGCCUGCAAACACUCCAUUGCACAAAGGAGCAACACCAGCCCGUUAUCCAGGAUUGCAAAGCAACAGUCCAUUUACAGGGUCAAGUCUGACGGAAGACCCAUUAUCUCAACCAAACUUUGACUGCAGUGAUGAAAACUUGUUUAAGGAGUGCCCCAGGCCUCUUCAGGAGAUAAUGGAGGAUUAUGUUKCUGCGGAAGGUUUUUUAUCUGCUGAAAAUAAGGAAGAAACUGACAGAUCUUUAACAAGAAUAACUCGAUCCUGUACAAAAAGAAAGUAUGGCACCGUUCCUGAAGAGACAGAUUCUAGCAUCUCAAAAGCCACAAGUGCCAAGAAUACUAACAGUGUUAAAAAUCCAAGAAAGAACAAAUUUCAAAGACAAAAGAGCAAAACUGUAUCUACUGCUGAGAAGACACCAUUUCUUCAGAGAGUAAAACGUACAAGCUAUGGAAAAAGAAGAAGAAAGAAAAAGGUAAAAGAAUCUUUAUAUGGGGAGAGAGAAAAGGCUUCUAAGAAACCUUUCCUGAGCCCAAUCCCUGAAAUUCCAGAAGUUUUCUAUUUUGCCUCAUCUCCAAACACACCAAGACAAAUGCAAGGCAAUCAUARGACAAAUGCAGUUUUUCCAGAUGAUUUCAAAUCCAGGAAUACUUAUGAGGAUGGUCAACAGAAAGUGGUUGAAAGAAUGAAAGRGGAAAACAUAGAUACGAUUCAUACAUGUCCAAGCUCUAAGGACCUGGAUGCUGUGGAAGCCAGCAGCUCCAGAGACGCACUGUUUCAGACUUCAGGUGAUCCAGAGCCUGUUUCAAGCACUGAUUACCAGUUUCCCAAUAGUGUUGUACCCGAAGCAAAGUGUAUAUUUGAUACGUCUGAUUACAUCCAGCAAGGUCAAGAGUUUGCAUGUAUAGAAGAAGCAGAAAUUAAUUCCUUAACAGAAAACAAGAAAUUACAAGGAAACUUCCUAAAUAAGGAAGAGCCACUAGCAAGACUAGAAUUCCUGGAACCUCAGAACACUGGUGUACAUAAGGAUGCCCAAAGAAUGGAGUGUUCACCAAAAGACUGCUCAAGAGGAAAACCAUCAAGAAAAGGAAGAAAUAGUACUGCGUGCAUUUCUAACAUUAAAGACUUAGAUUUUGAAGCAAUUGGAAACAAGUUUUCAGUUUCUUCUUUUAAUGUGGAAGAAGUCCUAUCUGCUGCUCAGCUGAAAAAUGAUUCCUUGGAGUCUUUUAGAAUGAGUGAUGCUAGUGAUGGGAAAAGGAGGGUGAGACGCAGCAUGAGACUACAUAAAGAUGCAGAAACUGAAGGACUUGCAUGGAUUCAAGUACCUGAUGAGAUCCAAGUGAGACCUCAACUUUUAGCUUCCUGUUGCAAAAUUAGGAGAAGAGCAAGUGUAUCUGUUCUUAAAGAAUCUGAGAAAGUUCACCAUAGAGAAGAAAACCUCAUCAAAUUUUCAGCACAAGGAAAGGAAAACAAUAACUCUGGGCAUCUUGAUGAUGGUUCUUGCAAAAGGCAGAGGAGGAGAAGCAUGGGUGUAUUCACACCUGCAGAAAAAAGAAAUUGGGCUCAACCCCAGAAAAGGAGCAUAGCAGAUCUAGGAAACAGGAACGACAGAAGUAACCAAGAACCAUAUGGUGAAGUAGAAAUAUCUCUUGAAAAUCAGUCUGACAUUUAACAAAUCUUCACCUACCUCUUUAAAAAAAAAAAUGGUCAGUAUUUUAACAUAGAUAUUUUCUAACCUAAGUGCUAUUAGAAAUAGUCUCUAUGUAAUGGUGUAAGUGGAAGAAAUAUGUAAUAUCCUGUAAUAUCCUAUUUCCUUAUUAAUUUUCGUAAUAACUUAAAUUUGCCCUUUCUUAUCUUGAUGACUCUAAAAUGCUUGCUAAUYGGAACUGUGAGAAGGAAUUAGCUUGACUUGGAGAAUUUGUUUAGUAGACCGUGCUGACGUAGUCAAGAGGAUAAAACUUCCUGUCUUAUGGUGAACUGARUUUUGGUAGCACCUCUUUAUUCUAAUCUGCAUCUUCACCUUUUGUGUUUUYAUAGUGUGGUGUGUUUUCAGAGCAAUAAAUUAGCAGUAAAUCAAAGUUCCAUUACAGGCASUGACUAGAGUGGAAUUCAUAUAAAGAUGGGCUAAAUUUUAUAUCAGAUUUACUAAACUAUGCUUACUCAUUUCAAAAAAGUUUCUAAAUAUUUAUUGUAUAUAACUUUAUUGUAUGAUGUAUAUUUUAAUAUUCAGUGCCUAUGUAUUAAAUAUAGGGCAUAAGACUUGGUAGUUCACCUGUCAUCCUACAUUUUUACUUCUCUAAUUUCAAAAAUGUAAUAAAAACGACGACUAUAGAUGAUCAACUUAAACAUUUGGCAUUACUUUCACUCCUUAUGAUGUUCAGUUUUAGCCGUAGUGAAAUACCUGUGCCCGCUUUCAGCAGAGCUUUAUGUUGAAUAAGAUCUCUACUGUGACCUUGUUUUUACCAUUAUUGAUGUAGAAUAAAGUAUUUUCUGUA